AUGAGAGCGUACAAAGUCUUUCUCAUCGUCAGAGUCGGCAGGAAUGCCAGCCACACCGGUCUCUUCUUCGAAACGGCCAUUGACCACAGAGGCACGAUCGUGCAUGUGUCGGGCAAUGGCCGUGACGGCAUGCGCCUGCACUGGUACACCGAAAGCGCUCUUGACUCGACGUGGGACGACAACCGCAAAGACCACAUUGGCUGGGUGAUGGAAGUCAAGCUUGAAAAGGUCUGGAACGUGGUGCGGACCAUAUCGCCGCCAGGCAAGCCCGGCGCCAGGAGCAGGACACCGCGCGAGUGGACGGAUCUGGUUAUGCGGGCACUGCAGAGGCAGGGUGUGAUGGAGAAUACCAGGGAGAACGAGGCGACGGUGCAUGAGGAGAUGCCCCAUAGGAUCGCCGAGGAAGAGUUGAGCCCGCUGCCGACGCGGCCGCCAUUGUCUCCUUGGCAGUCCGAUAACGAGAUAUCAGAGGAGGAAUAA